CGAAUCGCAAUACAUUCGGCUUCUCCCUCGCAUUCAGAUAAGAUUAGCCGACGGCUUUGCACUAGAUAACCGAUUAAUGCCUAUAAAAGCAGACUUUGAUUUACGCUCCGAUAGCUGUCUCGUCUCAUCGGGCUUAGCGCACAGUGAUCAUGGGGUUUCUGGAUCGGAAGAGUCUGGUGUUUUUGGCCAUUAUAGUGGCCCUCUCGGUGGCACUGAUUGCCGUGUGUAUUGACGCUUACGCCGGAGGAGAAGACGAGAAAAGAGAUCCACAGCGUGAUACGCCGGAAGAGUUAAAGUGCGAAAAGGCUUCGGUUACGACCGCCAGUGGAUCGUUGGUGGACCGGAAAGCAUUCUGCUCGGGUGAUCUCAUCUUCGAGGACAACUUUGACCGGUUGGACUUGGAAAGGUGGCAGCACGAGCACACCCUUGGAGGAGGUGGUAACUGGGAAUUCCAAUACUAUUUGAACAACCGUCAAAACUCGUACAUUGAGAAUGGAGUGUUGUACCUCCGGCCUAAUAUCACACGGCCUACGCUGCUGGUUGAAGGCGAUGACGACAGUUUCCUGACCAGUGGAACUUUGGAUAUUAACGGUGGAUCUCCCCACGACUACUGUACCAAUCCUGCGUGGUACGGAUGUUUCCGCACGGGAUCGCCAACGAAUUACCUGAACCCCGUCAAGAGUGCUCGUGUUCGCACGGUCAACUCGUUCAACUUCAAGUAUGGCAAGCUGGAAAUCCGUGCCAAAAACCCCACCGGAGAUUGGCUGUGGCCUGCGCUUUGGCUUAUGCCCAAGAUGAACCAGUACGGCACGUGGCCCAUGUCUGGUGAAAUUGACCUGAUGGAGUCGCGUGGUAAUCUGGAGUAUCGUUUCCCCGGUGGAGAACAUCUGGGUGUGGAGCACGUUGGACAAACUUUGCACUUUGGACCCACCACGUGGUUGAACGGUUAUGAAACUGCAACGACAGCGAAGAACUCCCCGGCUGGCGAGGGCUUCAACAAGGACUUCCACCGCUAUCAGCUGGAGUGGACACCCGAGUACAUGAAAUUCAGCAUCGAUGACGAGCAACAGAUGUUGGUGGAAGGAAACUUCUGGAAUCGUGGAAACUUUGAGGAACGUGCACCGGGAACGCCCAACCCGUGGGUCAGCGGAGGAAAGAUGGCUCCGUUCGAUGAGGAGUUCUACAUCAUCAUGAAUCUGGCGACCGGUGGAACUAAUGGAUACUUCCCGGAUGCACCUGCUAUGAACAGUGGUAAGCCGAAACCCUGGAGUAAUCAAUCCCCUACGGCCAUCAGAGAGUUCUGGUCGGCCAAGGCCGAUUGGCUGCCGACGUGGAAGCUGAACGAAAACAACAGCAAGGAGGCAUCACUGCAAGUGGAUUAUGUCAAGGUUUGGGCGCUGUAAACUUUAGUGUAGCAUGUGGUCAUAAGAAAACUGCCGAUUAUAAAUAAAUUCUUUUUCGAGUCUAAAAAAUCUUUUUUUUUUUGAUAU